AUGCAACAGAAGCGUCGAAAUUCGGAAAUAGAACCAAGCACCGUCAGAAGCGUGCCGGCCAAAUCCAGGCUGAAAAUCAAGAAAUCUACAGCCGUGUUGCUCCACACAGAAGCUUUUAGUGACUCACCAAAAGAAUCCCGUGGUGAUUCAUUCAUUGAACCGCAACAGCUUGGUUGCUUAGAAAUAGCUGAAUAG